AAUAAAUACACUGUGCAUUGUCUUUAUGGUUUCCUUUUUGUGCUCAAAAUUAGGGCUUCAUUGUGCUAUUCAUUAAGCCUGGUCGACCCAUCAACUUUUUUCUUUUUUUUAAUGAUACAAGUUAAAUCGGGCUCCAUUUUUGGUACCCAGAGAAGAGGGGCUAUUAUAUUUGAUUCUUGAUGCACCAGCCUAUUAUUUUAUCAUUCUUAUCUACUGUUAGUUACUCUGAUUUCUCAAUGGAAACUAUUGCAAGUGUGAAAGUGAUUCUUUUUUAGUAUGAGUAGAUCUCAUGUCUUCACUUUCUUAAAUUUGACAAGACUCUUGCUCUUAGGAUUUUGGUCUAACUAGAGUCUUAACUCAGCAGGAUCUGAUUUUUUUCUUAUAAUUUAGGGACACAAUUGUUGAUAUUUUCUAAAAUGCCCAUUUGAUUGUGUUGAUCAGUUUGUUAAAUAUAGGAAUUGGUUCCUUUAAGAUAUAUGGGAGUAGCUGUGUCUUUAGGUUGUGACAUGUUUCCGCCAAAAAGUUUAUAUGGGAAAAAAAGCAUUGGAGGAGUUGGUCACAAUGUGAUGAUGAAGUCAGUUAGUGGUUAGGUUAUCUCAUUCACUCAUUGCGUGUUUAGAAGAUGGAUAUUUCAUCUAUAUAUAUUUUAGUUAAGAGACAAUAGAGAUGGCCGGUGGAGAAGCAUGUGAUGAGUGCAAAUCGAAGUGCUUAUUACUUCAUCAAAGGAAAAAGGACCCGUCUCCCCUGAUUACUACUUUUUACAAAGUCCUUUAUGGAGGUUAUGAUUAUUGGAAAUAUCUGUGCUUGCCUCAAAAAAUUUCGCAAACUAUUCCAGUUCUGGGUGCUGGAAAAGUUUAUGAUCUUGAGGACACUAAUGGUCAGCGGUGGCAAGUAACAUUAGGCAAUAAAGAUGGUCACUUGGCUUUUAAUAAGGGCUGGGAUAAGUUUUAUGCAGAUCAUGGCCUGAGAGAGGGAUAUAGUCUGGUAUUCCACUUUAUGGUGAAAUCUCAUUUUGUUGUUCAGAUAAUUGACAAAACUGGCUUGGAGAAGCGUAUGUUCCCUUUAGAAAAUGGGAAAAAAAGAAAGAGAAGUGAAAUUGAUGUGAAUAGUAAUGCAGUUGGAGAGUGCCAGAAUCAUUCUAAUAAGCAGGGUUCAGUGUUUCCUGGCGUACCAGACUCUGAAGCUAGAAUACAUGGCCAACCAAUGUCCAAGAAUAACUCUUCAAGUGUAAAACCUGGAGAUGGUAUGUACCAGCAUGUUGCAUUAGGUGAUAGUGAUAUUGAGCAAGUCUUCACGAUUAACAGAGAUUCUGGAUACAAAUGUGAAGAAGGCAGGAGUCCGAUAUUGGGUUUUAUAAACUUGGAAAUGCGGGGAGUUGAUCCUGAUGGAAGUAGUGAUAAAAGAACUCAUCCUUCUAAUACGUCGGCAGCAUGUAAUGCAGCUGCAAGAAUUUUAGAUGAGAAUCCUGUGUCUGCAAAGGUGGUGAGUGGGGAACCACCAGCGAAAGUGACUGCUCCUACAUUCUUUAGCAAUAGCAAUGUCUCUCUAAAGAAGGAGAAUGUGGCAGAAGUUGGCAAUGAUCAUCUUGGUGACUAUCAAUCAGGCCUAGGGAAACAAUCUGCCAAAGUAGCUGCUCCUACAUAUUGUGACAACAACAAUGUCUAUUUGAAGAGGGAGAACGUCGCAGAACUCCCUGCAAAAGCGACUGCUCCUACUUUCUCUAACAAUAACAAUCUCUAUUUAAAGAGGGAGAACAUGGCAGAAGUUGGCAAUGAUCGUCAUGGUGACCAUCAAUCCGUUUUACCCACAGGAAACCGAGCUCAGUCACAUUCAGAAUGUAGGAUCAAGAGUUCAACUACAUCAUUGAACAGAGUACAAAUUGAGGAGGUCACAGGAAGUAAAAAACAUUCAAGUGAGACAGUGACUUUACUAAAAUCAGAGCGAAUGGAGGUGGGAAAAUCACCCAGUUGUGAGUUUAUGAGCGUUGAAAAGUAUCCCAAGUUUAAAGAAAGGUCUGAUCAAAUAAUUGGCGGCGAUGAAAAGAGUAAUGAAAUCCAUAAAGCAGUUAAAGCUGAACCUGUUGAUUCAUAUAAUGACGAACGCCUGGAUGCAUCUGCUCUCACUUUUACUGUAAUGGUAGGAAGCAAGGAGCUUUUGGAAUUGCCAAAAUCAGUUACAUUGUGGACAUGCAUGGACAAGAAGGUAGUAAACCUUAAAGGUGGGGACAAAAGAGUUUGGCCUGUCCUUUACCAUCAGAAGCUAGGUAUUAAAGCUUUAACAAGCGGUUGGAAAAACUUUUUCUUGUCAAAUAAACUGCGAAUAGGAGAUGAAUGUACUUUUAUACUUGAGAAUGAAAGUGAGACCAUAUUUAGGAUUGAUGUUAAGCGUUAAGUGAGAGACUAAUUAUCUUUCAAGGUUUGAUUUCAAAUUUGGCAUGGUUGUAAAGAUGUGUAAGCCAGUAACUAUCGUCUUCCAUCGAUUGUAGGUUAUGUUAGUUGUGCUCUGGUCCUACACUCUAUGUUACAUUUCUUAACCCCCUAUUCAGAAACAUUACAUCUCCUGAACAAUGAUAUGUAUUUAAUGAAAAAUGGUUGUGAAUGAUUUUAAGA